AUGGGUGACUGGAGCUUUCUGGGUAAUAUUUUAGAGGAAGUUAAUGAGCACUCUACGGUGAUCGGCCGGGUGUGGCUCACGGUGCUCUUCAUCUUCCGUAUCCUCAUCCUGGGCACGGCAGCGGAGUUUGUUUGGGGCGAUGAGCAGUCUGACUAUGUCUGCAACACACAGCAGCCCGGAUGCGAGAAUGUGUGCUAUGAUGAGGCCUUCCCCAUCUCCCACAUCCGCCUGUGGGUGCUGCAGAUUAUCUUUGUGUCCACACCUUCUCUGGUGUACGUGGGUCACGCUGUGCACCAUGUCCACAUGGAGGAGAAACGUAAAGAGCGCGAGGAGGCAGAACUUAGCCGGCAGCAGGAGCUGAGCGAGGAGCGUCUCCCUCUGGCACCUGACCAGGGAAGUGUCCGCACCACUAAGGAGACAAGCACGAAAGGAAGCAAGAAGUUCCGGCUGGAGGGCACCCUGCUGAGGACCUACAUCUGCCACAUCAUCUUCAAGACACUGUUUGAGGUAGGCUUCGUGGUGGGCCAGUACUUCCUGUAUGGCUUCCGCAUCUUGCCGCUGUACAAAUGCAGCCGCUGGCCCUGCCCCAACACAGUGGACUGCUUUGUGUCCCGCCCCACGGAGAAGACCGUCUUCAUCAUCUUCAUGUUGGCUGUUGCCUGUGUCUCACUCUUCCUCAACUUUGUGGAGAUCAGUCACCUGGGCCUUAAGAAGAUUCGCUUUGUCUUUCGCAAGCCAGCCCCAGCCCCAGCCCAAGGCGAGGGGUCUGCCCCCCUACCGCCACAAGGGAAGAGCCUGCCCCCCCUGGCUGUCCCCUCCCUGCAGAGAGUGAAAGGUUACAGGCUGCUGGAGGAGGAGAAAGCUCCCCCCGUAACUCACCUCUACCCGCUGGCUGAAGUGGGCAUGGAGGCUGGCAGAGGGGCCCCACCCUUCCAGGGGCUGGAGGAGAAGGCGGAGGAAGUGCUUCCCAUGGAGGACAUCUCUAAAGUGUAUGACGAGACUCUUCCCUCUUACGCCCAGACCACUGAGACAGGGGGGGUGACAUUACACGAGGAGGAGGCAGAGGAGGUGCAGCAGCCAGCAGAGGUGGAGGCAGAGAGGGUGGAGGAGGCUGUGGAUGAGGAUGUGGAGGUAGAGGAGGCGGUGAACAAGGAGGAAGUAUCUCCGGCAGAGGCAGGGAUGGAGGCCACGGAUACGAUAGAAGACACCAGACCACUGAGCCGGCUGAGCAAAGCCAGCAGCAGGGCCAGGUCAGACGAUCUUACCGUAUGAACCUGUGAGAGAGAGCGCACGUACUCCUGCACACACAAAAUGUUCAACAUAAGAGAGAGCACACACACACCUAACUCAACAAUAACGCACACUCUUGA